AUGUCGUUCAAAACUCCUUCGGAAGAUCCUCCAAAGCAUGAGAUGGCCUAUUUCCCUGACAUGACCACGUCCUUGCCGAGCACUUCAGGAAAGUUUCGACGAGUGCUAUGGACAGGAUUGUACUCGCAGCUAGUACUGAUGACAGUACCUGUUGGUGGUGAUAUUGGAGAUGAGGUACAUACCGUCGAUCAGAUCCUCACCUUUACCUCUGGAAUAGGCAAGGCCACAAUCGCAGGAAAGGAUCAAGAUGUCAAGGCAGGAGACUUGAUCAUCGUCCCAGCUGGCACUCAGCACCAGUUUGUGAAUACCGGCCCUACACCACUCAUCCUAUAUACAGUGUACAGCCCUGCUGAGCACAAGCCAACCUCCGUCCACGACACGAAGGAACAGGGUGACAAGGAGGAAGAAGAUGGCAUUGAUGAGGCCCCAGAAUGGUCGCAGCGAAGCAAACAGGAGAACGAGAAGCUCGGGCUUGUCAAGGCAGAAGAACACUAG